CGACAACAACAGAAAACUAAGGGGGCAGUUAGUACGUUUAGCAGGCAAUAACUAAUGUUGCUAGCUUUGACUUAAGGUGGGUAGAGGGUGCUAGCUUGGGUUAGCUAACGCCAGCCAGCCUGUCCGGCGGUGUGUAUUGGGCUUUAGCUAACAUUAGCGCGUGUUUCCUGAGUGGAGCAACAAAAUUCUCAGGAGCAUGAACAUUGCACACGUCCUGAACUGCUCCAGGUUUACGUAUCGUUCAGUUAACAUAAACUGCAGACGAAGGUUUUGUACUUCACAGCAUAUGAUGAUGUCUCGGCACACUCACUCCAGAAGAAUUGAGGGACUGGACAAAAACGUCUGGGUGGCACUUAGUUCAGUGGCAGCAAACCCAUCCAUUAUUAAUCUUGGCCAAGGCUAUCCAGACAUCCCACCACCAUCCUAUAUCAAAGAGGCACUGGCGAAAGCUGCAUCAGUGGAUCAGAUGAACCAGUACACCAGAGGCUUUGGUCACCCAUCUCUGGUGAAGGCUCUUUCUCAGGUUUAUGGGAAGGUCCAUGGACGUCAGAUUGACCCUUUCAAAGAAAUCCUGGUCACAGUCGGGGGUUAUGGUUCCUUAUUCAGCACCAUGCAAGGAUUGGUGGAUGAGGGAGACGAGGUCAUCAUAAUAGAACCUUUCUUCGAUUGCUAUGUACCUAUGGUACGCAUGGCAGGGGCCAAGCCUGUGCUGGUUCCAUUGCGCCUUAAAUCUGGAAAGAAGACCAUCACAAGUGCAGACUGGUUUCUUGACCCAGAUGAACUUUCCAGUAAAUUCAACUCUAAGACAAAGGCCAUCAUCAUCAACACUCCCAACAAUCCCAUAGGAAAGGUUUUCACCAGAGAGGAGCUGCAGAUGAUCGCUGACCUCUGUAUUAAACAUGACACCCUGUGCUUCAGCGAUGAGGUGUAUGAGUGGCUCGUCUACAGGGGCCACCAGCAUAUUAAAAUUGCCACUCUGCCUGGAAUGUGGGAUAGAACAAUCACCAUCAGCAGUGCAGGGAAAACGUUUAGUGUUACUGGAUGGAAGCUUGGUUGGUCCAUAGGACCUGAGCACUUGAUAAAGCACCUUCAGACCGUCAUGCAGAAUACUCUGUACACCUGUCCGACACCUUUACAGGAGGCUGUGGCACAAGGUUUGCUCCUGAACUACGAGCGGAUGGGUCAGCCUGAGUGCUACUUCACCUCACUGGCAGAAGAGCUUGAAAGCAAGAGAGACCACCUGGCUGCCAUCCUGCAGGAGGCUGGUAUGGUUCCUGUCAUCCCAGAGGGAGGCUACUUCAUGCUGGUGGAUAUCACAUCUCUCAAUCAGGACCUGUCACAUAUGGAUGAUGAUGAAGCCUAUGACUACAAGUUCGUGAAGUGGAUGAUUAAAGAAAAGAAACUGGCAGCCAUUCCAGUAACAGCAUUUGUUGGAGAGGAGUCCAAGAAGCAGUUUGAGAAAUACAUUCGCCUUUGCUUCAUUAAGCAAGAUAGUACACUCAAUGCAGCAGGGAACAUCUUGAAAAACUGGAAUAAGAUUUAAUGGGGUGCAGUGUCUGAAGAUCAGACUGAAGGAUCGGGAUUUGACUGCAACACUUUGCACACACUGGGAGUUAUUGAAAUGUUUAUAGUAAAACUAUUAACAGUAAAAGGUGUGUCCACACUUCAGAGUGUAUGCUGCUUUAAGGGAGAAGGUUCCGUAGUCAACAUGGACUGUAGUGAUAAAUCCACUGUGGCGUGAGGUGAGAGGACAUCUUUAUCCAGUAUCCCACAGUGGACAGAAACAUCCCCUUAUUCAUUCCUGUGGUCAGUGUGUAGUGUAAUGUACCAUUUUUCAGUCCAUAUUUACAUAGAGAUCUAACAACAGACACACAACAGACAGGUGUUUACUGCUGUGGUCCCAGGUGGGGUUGGACCUCUUUGACUUACAGAUCAGCAAAUAUGAAUAAAAAGUCACUGAGGAUGGAAUCAGCUGUGGACUUUGCCAGCGUUUGUAUUUGCUUUCCAUGCUCUCUCUGUGGAAAUGUAACGUCAAACGAUGCAGAUGUUUGUUGUGCCAACAAAGUUUUGUUCAGAUCAAAGCAGUUAAUAAAUGUACUGACUCAGCU